CAAUAAUUUGUGGCACAAGAAAGCAACCAACCGUGAAAAGAAACGAUGGCAAAAUCGUAAUUGCAAUAAAACUGAAAAACCAGAAACUAUGAAGCCAGCCACCAAUUUAAGGAGGAAUACGUAGAAUUGUCGGUGCUCUGUUCCACCACCAAACACCACCUUCUCAGGGGGCCACAACGUAAUUUCCAUUUCGCGUUUUCUUAGCCUUCUCUCCGAUCGCCCGGCGCCCUUUCAUCUCCCCUUUCUGUCAUUUCCCCCCCAUCAAACCAAACAAUCGGAAAAAAGAAAGAUAGGGAAUAAAGUUCUUUGCGAAUCCCUGUAAUUUUCUCUGAAAUUGUUGAACCCUUGAGCGUUUACGGAUUUUUUUCAAGGGAGAAAAUGUGAGAUAAAUCGCGAGGGAGUAAAAAAUGGGGAGUAGGAGAUCGAAGUCGAAAGGGAAUUGUUGUGGGUGGUUUAUGGUGGCGGUGGUGGCAUUGGCUAUUGGCUGCGCCGUUUAUGUGCUUAUAAAUCACAAGGCCGCAGAGUUCCCGGAGCCGGAGCCGGGGCCUCCCGGAAAGCCUAUUAAGAAAUACGCCGAUGCUCUGAAAGUGGCAUUGAAGUUCUUCGACGUGCAAAAGGCUGGGAAGUUGGGUGAAGACAAAAUACCAUGGAGGGGGAAUUCUGCACUCAAAGAUGGAAGCCAAGCAAAGCUGGAUCUUAGUAAAGGAAUGUAUGAUGCUGGAGACCUCAUUAAGUUUGGAUUCCCCAUGGCUUACACUGCAUCAGUGUUGUCGUGGGCGAUCCUCGAGUAUGGUGACCAAAUGGAGGUGGUGAACCAACUUGAACCUGCCCAAGACUCACUCAAAUGGAUAAUGGACUUCCUUGUGAAUGCCCACCCCUCCCCUAAUGUCCUCUACGUUCAGGUGGGGGAUCCUAAAAGUGACCAUAAAUGUUGGGAAAGGCCUGAAGACAUAACCAAGGCAAGGCCUCUUAUCCAAGUGAACACUUCUGCCCCAGGAACAGAUGUUGCAGCUGAAACUGCAGCAGCCAUGGCUGCAGCAUCUCUGGUGUUUAAAUCGGACUCUGACUACUCCGCCUUGCUUCUGAAACAUGCUAAGCAGUUGUUUGCCUUUGCUGAUAAACAUCGAGGCUUGUACAGUAAAAGCAUUCGCGAAGUGGUAGCAUUUUACAACUCAACUGGGUAUGGCGACGAGCUCUUGUGGGCAGCGACUUGGCUCUACCACGCGACGGGAGACCAAACGUAUUAUGAUUUUGCAACGGGGGACGAUGCGGAUGAGUUUGUUAAGUGGGGAAGUCCCACCUGGUUUAGCUGGGAUGACAAGUUGCCUGGAGCUGAGGUUUUGAUGUCUCGGGUGAGUUUUUUUAAGUCGAAAGGGCUCUCGAACUCUGUCACUCUCGAGAAGUAUAAGAGUACUGCAGAGGCUGUUAUGUGUGGGUUUUUGCCAAAAUCUCCAACUGCCACAUCCAGCAGAACAGACUCUGGUUUAAUAUGGGUGAGCGAGUGGAACGCCUUGCAACACUCUGUCGCGUCCGCCUUCUUAGCUCUCGUUUACAGCGACUACAUGCGGUCGUCUCGCACUGUAAAGAUCACGUGUGAUGACAAAGAUUUCACACCACAUGAUCUCCGGGAUUUUGCCACUUCACAGGCGGAUUAUGUGCUGGGAGAUAAUCCGAUGGAGAUGAGCUACCUUGUUGGGUACGGGGAUAGGUACCCGGAGUACGUUCACCAUAGAGGAGCCUCGAUCCCUACAAACGCGAAACCGGGCUGCAAAGCGGGCUUCAAAUGGCUCGAUUCAUCAAAACCGAACCCGAACGUUGCAGUUGGAGCCCUAGUUGGAGGGCCAUUUUUUAAUGAGACAUAUGUUGAUAUAAGGAACAACUCAAUGCAGGGAGAACCAACAACUUAUAACAGUGCACUCCUUGUUGGGCUUCUUUCUGGUUUGGUUACCACAUCCUCUGUGGUUAAGUCUUUUGUCUGAGGUAGAUUUUAAGAAAAUCCCACUAUAUAUACAUGUUUUUGUAGUGUAUGUAUAUCUCAAAAUCCCUGGUUAAUGUGGUAUGUUUUAUACAAUGAACUAGUUGUGGGAAUGCCCUUCAUGCAAAGAUGCCACUGUCCAAAUGAAGGGGAAAAAAAAGAAUGAAUGGAAGAACAAAGCAAGUACAAUAUAAUGUCCUCUCACCACUAUAUGGGAGGAGUUAAAUUUAAUGAGAAUAGUAACUGCUGAAAAUUUUGCAAAUUUCAA